AUGUAUGCGGCAGAGCUGCGUCGUCUUCUGCGGCAAGGUGCGUUGACCAAUCAGAGGUCCGAACGCACCUUGCCGCAGAAGGAGGGCGGAAGGCUGCGUUCGGCUGCGUUGAAUUUAAAAAUUUUUGAUUUCGACGCAGCCGAACGCAUGCCGCAGCUGCUUCGAGUAGAAUCGUGGCUACUCGGACAGAUUCGAGGGGAAAUCCUCCAAUCGGGUUUUCGGAUGUUAUCAGUGUGUUCCUCUUCCCACAUAUUCCAACAUUUCUUCACGUUCGUCGACGCACACAAUGGAGAUGGAUUAACCUGCGUUACGAUACGAACAACGCAGCACCGCCGCACACAUGGAGUCCAAGCUUUAGUUCUUACUCACUUUGUUGAUAUUAUAAUUGAAAAGCAGUUGUUGA